GGUACCUCAGUCGCCUCCUCGGCGUCAUCCUUCUCAUUCGUGUCCUCGGGGCUCUUCUCCUCAGGGUCCCCUCCACGGCGUCCCGCGCCUCAGAGUCCCGGCCCCCCCUGCCCCUCGACCUCCCUCGGCCGCCCGCCGCCGCCAUGGGCCCGCGCCCGCCGCGCCGCCGGGCCGAGGACAGCUGAGGCGCUGCGCGAAGAUGGGCGAGGGCGGAGCAGGGCCCGAGAGCCAGCCGGAGCAGCCCGGGCGCCCCGCGCGCGCCCGCCCGCGCCGCCGCGGGGAUGCCCGCGCCCGCCGCCGCGCCCUGAGCGCCUUUGUCUGCCGCCCGCAGCACCACUGGCCUCGGGGGCCCGCGCCGCGGCCGGGGGCGCGCCCAUGAAGAUGGAGCCGGGCCGGCCGGCCUCCCCCGCGGGCGGCCCGGGCCCCGACCCGGAGCCUGGCGGGCCCGGUGCGCCGUCCGCCCCCGUCCGGAGCCCGGGGCUCGGCCCGCAGGACCCCGCGGCCGGCGUGGAUGCUGGGCGAUCUCCGGGUUGGGAGCGGCGGCCGCAGCACGCGGGCCGGGAGCCCUACCCCGACCCCGACCCCGACUCCGACCCUGACCUGGCGCUGCCGGAGCUCGGCCCGCUCUUUUCCUGGACGAUGGAGCCGGAGGGUGACGGCCCCGCGCACAGCGCGUCCGUCCGCGCGCAGGAGUUCAGCCGCAGCCAUCACCUGAGGGGCGAGGUCGACUUCUUCCCCUCCUUCGCGGCGCCCGAGGUGGGCGAUCCGGCCCUGGAGCUGGGUCCCGGGGACCCGGAUGGGCCCUCUGACUUUAGCCAGACUCACCCCCUCACGAGCGAGCCUGCGGGGUGUCCGGAGGACAGUCCCCGCCUCCGAGCCGUAUUCGAUGCCCUGGACGGGGAUGGGGACGGCUUCGUGCGCAUCGAGGACUUCGUCCAGUUCGCCACCGUCUACGGGGCGGAGCAGGUGACGGACCUCACGAGGUACUUAGAUCCCAGUGGGCUCGGCGUGAUCAGCUUCGAAGACUUCUACCGGGGGAUUGAGGCGAUCAGGAAUGGAGAUCCCGAUGGCCCGCUGUGCGGCGUCACACCUGCCCCUGACGAGGAGCUGCCUGCCUGCCCCGAGGAGUUCGACGACUUCGUGACCUUUGAGGCCAAUGAGGUGACGGACAGUGCGUACAUGGGCUCCGAGAGCACCUACAGCGAGUGUGAGACCUUCACGGACGAGGACACGGGCACCCUGGUGCCACCCGAGUGCCUGGACGCUGCGGAGGAGCCUGGGCACGGUGCCCUGCUGCUGCUGCCCGGCAGGUCCCACCUGCAGGGCCAGUCUGUGGUCGCGGUUAUAGGUGGCGAGGAGCACUUCGAGGACUAUGGCGAGGGCAGUGAGACGGAGCUGUCCCCGGAGACCCUCUGUGGUGGGGACCACGGCUGCAGGGACCCCGCCUUCCUCACCCCCAGCACCGACCCACUCGGCACCAAGCUGCACAGCAUCCUCACUGACGAGGCCUUUGAGUUUUACUGCAGCCAGUGCCACAGGCAGAUCAACCGCCUGGAGGACCUCUCUGCUCGCCUGAACGACCUUGAGAAGAAUAGUCCAACGAAGCGGCUGUCCAGCAAGAAGGUGGCAAGGCAUCUGCAGCAGUCAGGGGCCCUGACCAUGGACGCCCUGCAGGACCCUCCCCCAGGCCCCGUGGAGGGCGUGGACGAGGACAUCGCCGACAAGGUUGUCUUCCUGGAGAAGCGGGUGUCAGAACUGGAAAAGGACACAGCUGCCAACGGGGAGCAGCACAGCCGGCUGCGGCAGGAGAACCUCCAGCUGGUGCACAGAGCCAAUGCCCUGGAGGAACAGCUCAAGGAGCAGGAGCUGAGAGCCUGUGAGAUGGUCCUGGAGGAGACCCGCAAGCAGAAGGAGCUCCUGUGCAAGAUGGAGCGGGAGAAGAGCAUCGAGAUCGAGAACCUGCAGGCCAGGCUGCAGCAGCUGGACGAGGAGAACAGUGAGCUGAGGUCCUGCACGCCCUGCCUGAAGGCCAACAUUGAGCGCCUGGAGGAGGAGAAGCAGAAGCUGCUGGAUGAGAUUGAGGAGCUGUCCGUGCGGCUCAGCAACGAGCAGGAGAACAGGCGGAAGUUGGGGGACCGCCUGAGCCACGAGAGGCACCAGUUCCAGAGGGACAAGGAGGCCACCCAGGAGCUGAUCGAGGACCUGCGCAAGCAGCUGGAGCACCUGCAGCUCUUCAAGCUGGAGGCCGAGCAGCGGAGGGGCCGCAGCAGCAGCGUGGGCCUGCAGGAAUACCACAGCCGCACGCGGGAGAGCGAGCUGGAGCAGGAGGUCCGCAGGCUCAAGCAGGACAACCGCAGCCUGAAGGAGCAGAAUGACGAGCUCAAUGGGCAGAUCAUCAACUUGAGCAUCCAGGGCGCCAGGAGCCUCUUCUCCACGGCUUUCUCCGAGUCCUUGGCCGCGGAGAUCAGCUCAGUCUCGCGAGAUGAGCUCAUGGACGCCAUUCAGAAGCAGGAAGAGAUCAAUUUCCGGUUGCAAGACUACAUCGACAGGAUCAUCGUGGCCAUCAUGGAGACCAACCCAUCCAUCCUGGAGGUCAAGUAGCCACAGAAAGGCUCCGCCCAGCACGCCUGGUCUCCCUCGCCCAGCGGGAGGACACAGCUGAGCCGGGGUGGGGCCGGACGAGGGGCUCCAGGACAGCCUCCGGCUGGGCGAGCCCCUCUGACCUCCUGUGCUUCCCGCCCGGUCAGGGAGGAAGGGAAACGGGUCCUCCGGAGUGCUGCUCCCCACGGCCACCAGGUGCCCUGCCCGGUGCCGUCCAGGCCUGCGCUGCCCCUGGACGGCACACAGGCCCUGGAACCCUGGCGCCAGACGUUGGGGGGGGAUAGGCAGGCGAGGACAGUGCCAUCAAAGUCCAGCCAGGCGCUUCUGUGCCCCCAGCUUUCCUGGGUUGUUUGGGCCGGCACCCAACUGGAAGGGGCCCCUUGGUCCAGCGUGAAGCCUGGGGGCCUGCGGGUCACAGGACCGUGCCCCCAGCCACACCCUGGCUGCACUAAUCCUAUGAUGUGUGAGCCACCAGGUGGGGGGUCCCCAUGCAGAUGUCCAGUGUUCCCAGGAGUCCGCACGUCUGGGGCCAGUUUCCUCCGGGAGUCAGAGGUCUUCAGGAGCUGCGGUCUCUCUGCCAGGUGCACUUUGCAGGAGGCCAGGCAGGGCUGGCUCCCAUGUCCAGAGGUCAGGGCCUUCCUGGUGGCUUGGGGGCUCCUUCAAGGAGCAGCAGCGUCACCCCCCGGGGCUGCGGGCCUGCCCCAGGGCCUGAGUGCGGCCAGGAGCCUCCUGGAGCGGGUGGGGUGGGGGCCCUGCUGGUGUGAGCAUGUACGUGAGGGAGUGUGUGUGCGUGCGAGCGUGUGAGCAUGUGUGUGGCCCUGUGUCCUUCCGCCCUCUGCGUGGCCCACCUUCUACACUAAGGUUUAAGAUGUUGCCUCGUAUUGUACAUUCUGGGGAAAGCCUUGGGUGUAAAUCAGUGUAAACUUGGAGGAGAGAUUUUUCUAUCAUGUAGAGUAGGUAUUUUUUAUAGAUUGAAGGUUGAUCAAUUUUUUAAUACUUCCAAGAGAGAAAACUAUCUGUGUAUACACAUGAAAUAUAUAUAUAUGUACAAUAAUAAACACUGGAACUCUG